AUGGCAUCUGGAAAGAAACCUGCAGAAAACAUGCUUUGGGGUGGACGCUUCACAGGCGGCCUUGAUCCCCUCAUGCUCAAAUACAAUGCGAGUAUUGUGUACGACAAGCUCCUGUAUAAGGAAGAUAUCCUUGGCAGUAUUGCGUUUGCACGCGCAAACGCUAAGUCUGGCAUCAUAUCCAACAACGAGUUCACUGAAAUUGAGAGAGGUCUCCGGGAGGUUCAGAAGGAGUGGGAGGCAGAUGCCUUUGUUAUCAUGCCCAAUGAUGAAGAUAUUCAUACUGCCAAUGAGCGUCGGCUCGGUGAGAUUAUUGGCAAGGACAUCGCUGGCAAACUACAUACGGGUCGCAGUCGCAAUGAGCAGGUUGUCUGUGAUAUGCGUCUGUGGCUUCGCAACCAGAUCCAGGAGAUUGAGAGCCACCUAGUUGCCUUCAUUGAGGUUAUUGCCGGCCGCGCUGAGGCCGAGUGCGGCAUUAUCAUGCCUGGAUAUACCCAUCUCCAGCGUGCUAUGCCGGUUUUGUGGUCGCAGCAUCUGUUGUCAUAUGGCUUUUUCUUUGCGAGCGAUCUUGAGCGGCUGCGCGAGACUUCAAAGCGUGUGAAUAGGAGCCCACUUGGUUGUGGUGCUCUCGCUGGCAACGGCUUUAAUAUCGAUCGCGAUAUGAUGGCUGAGGAGCUAGGCUUUACAGGCCUCAUAUGGAACUCCAUGAAUGCUGUUAGUGACAGAGAUUUUGUCACUGAAUUUCUACAAUGGGGUAGUAUGUUCAUGCAACAUAUUUCUCGAUGGGCCGAGGAUCUUAUUCUCUAUUCCUCUACAGAGUUCGGCUUUAUUUCCAUUGCUGAUGCUUAUUGUACUGGAAGCUCUUUAAUGCCGAAUAAGAAGAACCCAGAUGGCGCAGAACUCUUGCGAGGAAAAGCUGGUCGAGCGUUUGGCCAUAUGGCUGGCCUUAUGUGUACCCAGAAGGGCCUACCCAGCACAUAUCAAAAGGACUUGCAGGAAAGUUGGGAACCUAUGUUAGAUCAUGUGAAGACUAUCUCUGAUAGCCUUCAGAUCGCAAACGGUAUCCUCAAUACCCUUACUGUUAAACCAGAGCGGAUGAGGGCUGCCCUCGAUCCAUUUAUGCUGGCUACUGAUCUUGCUGAUUAUCUCGUACGAAAGGGUGUACCCUUUCGUGAGACGCACCAUAUCUCUGGGCGAUGUGUGGCUAAGAGCGAGGAGCUAGGUAUCCCGAUGAACGAACUCUCACUGGAGCAACUACAGGCUAUUGAUAGCCGGUUUGGGGAGGAUGUUUCGCACACGUUUGACUACGAGAGAAGCGUCGAGAUGAGAUCAGUCAAGGGUGGUACUAGUCGGGCACGCGUCCUGGAGCAGGUCAAGGUUCUUAAGGCCAUGCUGGCUUAG